AUGAGGAGGGAGAAGUUGAGCAAGAAAUCCUUUAAUGAACUUCUCGCUGACCUCAACGAUGAGAUAGAGAACAAGAUCACAUCACUUGGGCCAAGUGAUUGCGUUAAUUUUCCUAUUUCAUAUCGAAGUUUUCCUUCAUUAGAGGAAUAUGAUAGCAAAAUAGAGGAUUUCUUCAAAAGAUUCGAAUACAAAAGUCCAUACGGAGAAACUUCAUUCUACUAUGAAAACGUGAAACAGAGUUUUGAAAAUUAUCUUGACCCAUUAUCACAUGAAAGUUUACACAAUUUCGUUGAAAAGUACUGCAACAUGCUCGAAAUGAAGCGAAAAAUACUACAUGAAAGGAUAAACACACCAUUUAUACUUGAAAAUCACUUUUUAGAAUUCAAUAAUUACGAAAAGAAACUAAUGCAAGAAGAAAUGGUAACACAAACACUUUUACUCAAACUCUCUCAAAAAGAUUCUAAACUUUUAGAGAAUGAAAAACAGUUUUUGAAAGAAAUAGAACAAAAUUAUCAUCUUCAGUUCUUUCCACUCGAAUCAUUUUACGAUGUUUUCCUAUUAUUUACUCUUACACGCAAGAAAGAGAUUGUUUCGCUUGCAAUUUCUCGAUUAGAUCAAGAUGACGAAAAAUAUCAAAAUUACAACUUCCCUUCUUUCCCAACUACAUCAGAAGAGAUUGUUAAACGGCUUAAAACUCUUUCUAGCGAACUAGGAAUUGAUUUUGACAUUGAAUUACAUGAUGGUCAUCAUUUCUUCUAUUCAUGCGAUAAAAGCUUCUCAGAUGUAUUCAGAUCACAUAUAAUUGCAGGGUCCAUCGAUCCUCCACCCUCUGUUAUCAAAAAUCCCUCUCUUCAAGAGAUUAUUCAAACAAUAACUUACGAUAACAUGAAAUCUGACAUGACAAUUGCCAGGAAAUUAGCUGAUAUAUCAUCAACGAAUCCAGAUGAAAUCAGUGAGAUUUUAUCAGACGUAAGAUUUGAAAUAAGAAAAAAAAUUGACGUUCAAGAUGAGAUAUUAGCUUGUUGGCAGAAGCUUUCCUACAUCAGGAACAGAAGGUUAUUGUAUGAUAUCAUUGAAAUACUGCAUGAAAUCAAUGAUUUGAGGCAUAAAAUUCACAGAUUAGAAAUUCCUUCAAGAAAUGCACCUUCUAUACCUGGUUUUGCAGUAUUUAGAAGACAAUUGAUAUUUAAUAUGACGGAAGCACGCAAUAUUAAUCAGAAUUUGGACGUAGAUUUGAUUCUUCAAGAAUGUUUGUUGUCGGAAAUGAAAUUUUUGACUUCCAAGAAGAAAUUGAUGGAAGUCUUAUAUGAAAUUUCACUUCAUACGACUUCAAAUGAUGUUUUGGAAGUUUGUGACGAAAUAUUUUCUUUAAGACCUGAUAAUUCGUUCUUUUUAGAAGGAACUCACAAACACUUUGAUAGAUCUUAUGAUUUGGAAGCCUCAAAAUGUGAUUUAAUCGCUAAUAUUUUUUCAAUUUUAAUUUCAAUGCAGAAAUCCCAUCUCAAGAUGAAUGGAAAGAGUGAAUUCAAUGGUAUAUUCUCAAUAAUGACAGAACUUUCGAUUCUUCCAAUGUUUUUCAAGGCAGAAAGAGGAAUGAAGUUCGAAAUCUGCAAUACGAUGCUUAUGAGAGCAGAAAAAUACAAGGAAUAUAUAAAUUAUGGUAUUUGGAGGUCAUUGUUGAACCUAAUCAAGAGUUAUCAAGGAGAUUUGUUUUAUCCUUUUGAUUUCUUGCAAACUGACUUCAAUAUUCCAGGAUAUGAAGGCUGUGCAGAUACAUUCGAAGCUCAGAUAUCUUACCACGCGAUGCAGAAAGAAAUAAUGAAAACAAAAGUAUUAUUACCUUAUUACAACACUCAGGCGUCUCAAUUCUCAAUGCAGACACUGGAAACAUUGACAAAACCAAGCCACAGAGAGCAGCAUAUACUAAAUGUUCGUUUGGAAGCAGCAAUAAGAUAUAAUAAUUAUGGAAUGGAAGGAGAGUUCAACAAAUCAUUCAAUAAGGACUAUAUCUUUUACUACUACCUUCCGAGCACGAAUUUAUUCGCUUCUUAUGAAGACGACGUAAUUUUAACUUCAAUGAGAUCAGAUUUAGCAUUUCUGAUGACCAUGGAGAUGAUUUUCUUAUGCCAGAACGGAAAGCAGAGGUCUCUCAAGCCAGGGAAGUUCUUUAACGGCGAAAUAAUCGAUCCAUUUGCUAUUUUGAGUUUAGACGAUUGUUUAUCAAUGAAAGCCGAUGAAAAGAUCAUGAAGAUCGCAUUGAUAAAAACAAGGUUCCUUUUCCUCUCAAGAUUCUUGUAUUCUUCCACUCAAAGACAUGAAAAAGUUUUCGAACAGAUAAAAAGUGACAACUUUAGUAACCAAUCAUCAUUAAUUCCGCAGAUAGUACAGGAAUAUCAGAACGAGAAGAAAGAUGUUGAUACCGCGUUAAUUUUCCUUCAAGACAUGGAAAAUUUAGAAUUAUUAAAAAUAAUUUUGACAAUAUUGAUUCCAAGCAUUGACCAGAUCGAGAAACCGAAAGUCCAAGUCGAGAAAAUCAUUGGCAGACGUCCAAACACCAAAAACGGCUCAAUUGAAGGUCCAAUUCGCGAAUUAUUCGAGUCAAUCGUCACUUUUCCACAUUACGAGAAACAGUUCAUCACCAUGUCACGGUUUAUUCCUUUGUGGAUCAUCCAGAUGAUGUUCUGUCUCGGAGACAACGCGAGGACAUUUUUCCAGGAAGGCUCAAAAAAUUUGGAUGAUUUAAUAAAUGACGCAACGAUAAAUGCGAAAAACAAAACGAACAAAGAGAAGAUAGAGUAUUUAUCAACAUUGUUCAACUCCCAAAUGUUAAGACUCUGCUACUUCGAGAUCUCAUCCGGUUUGGAAGAAGAAGAUUUGGAUAUUUUAACUGUUUUUCUCAAUUACAAAGAACAAAUUUUCCAAAAAGGUCAAUUUUUUGCAGAAAAACUGACAAAAACCACUUCACUUCCAAAAAUUGAGGGUGACAUGACGAAGAUAAAAGAGAAUGAGUUCGAGAUCAUCAAAUACAAGACAUUUAUCAAAGGAGUAUUGAGAGAAAAGCAGAAAAAUGAAGUGAAGUCAUUAUUUGACAAAAUGACAGAUGAUUAUCAGAAAUCACUGAAUUUAGGAAGUCCUUCUUUUCGGCCAGAGAUUUAUUCCAAAGCUAUAAGUCAAAGUGAUAUCAAGAAGAGUGUUUAUUAUCUACCAGAUCCUUCUGAUUUGAUGCAUCAAUUCACUUUAGAGAAAAACUACAACAUAUGUAAAUUGAUUUCAAAAGCAAGUGAUUGUGCAACAGCUUCUAAAUCAAGUACAAACGAAAUCAAUCAUGAAAAACUAAGAAAUAUUUUGUUGCCGCUUUCUCAAAGAAUUUAUGACAUUUUUGAUAAGAGUAUGGAAAGAUUUUCUCAAACAUGGCCUUCUACAUUGAGAAGCGGUCUUAAUAUCUACGAAUCUAAUAUGGAUGACGUGUUGAGAAGUGAUUGUUAUCUAAGAAAAUUGUCAAGGGAUUACGACGACCAAAUAAAAAUAAAAAUUUCUGAUGAAAUGUCAGAAAAAUUUUAUUUGUUGAAUAACUUGUUGGCGACAUUGAAACAGACUAAAUCUGAGAACAAACACUUCGAGAGACAGAUGACGGAAGACACACAGUUCUAUUACAACAAAGUGUGGAAUGAUUUGAGGGAAGAAAUUGAGAACAGAAAGAAAAAUUUCGGAAAUGUUCAUGAUGAAUUUUUCAGUGCUGCAUUGGAUACUUUGACUGAUUUAUUGACAGGAGAAGAGAGAGUCCACCAAGUAGUAAAAGAACAUAAGUUCAAAGAGAAACCAUCAGAUCCAAUCAAAGCUGUGAAAGAAGAAAUUGAUUCACUAAAAGAAGAAGUCGUGAAAAUGAGAAUUGGAAAUUGUAUCAGACAAAUCGGAAUGAAAAAAGUGUUUGAGAAGAAAAGAGACAUCCUCGUUGAUGACAGAAGACAGUACAAUUCUCUCCUUUGGGGUGGAAAGCACCGUCUUGAUGAAUCACUCCAUUUGUUACAAACAGAAUUGUUAGAAGGAGAAAAGAAAUUGUCAAAUUUCGAAAUGACGAUAGAAGAUUUACAGAAGGAAAUAAAGACAAUUGCUCACGAGAACGCUAUGCUUUCUCAUAUAAGAGAGAUGCUCUCAUUGAAGACGAGAGAUCUAAAUGAAGAUUUGGAGCCAUUAGUUGAUGUCGAUGAAGAUGAAUUAUGUGAAAUUUUGUCGAAAUUGGAAAAGGCAAAUUUGGAAUUGGACGAAAUGAAGGAAGAACACGACCAAUACGAAGAACAAGUCAAUAUACAAGUGAGAGAACCAAUAGCUGCAUUGGAUAGAAUGAGAAGAAAACUCGUAACAGCGAAAUCACAAAGCGUAAGAGCAGAUAGAUUGAGUUCUCCUCCUUCUCCAAGACAGAAAUCGGCGAGACAACCAUCUCCUAGACAAGGAUCUCCAAUUAAUUCUGAUUAUGAUGAUGAAGAUGAUGAAAUGACAAUUGUCGAAAGACAGUUUUUGGAAAAUAAGGAAUUGAAGAAAGAAAAUGAAGAUUUGAAGCAGAAGAUCGAAUUCAUCAAGACACAGUUGUUACCACAACCUGUUGCUCCUCCAAAUUCUGCUUUGGGAGUUCCAAGACUAAAAAUUCCAAAAACAGCAAAUGAUUUGUACAGUAGAUUGAAUGCUCCAAAGACAGCAAAGAGGUCGGCAAGAAGCAGAAAGAUUGUGAAGCCUCAGGCUUAUCCGAAUACUGCAAAAUCAGCACGUAAUUAA